AUGAGUUACGGAUAUCCUCAACAAGGCUACGGCCAACAGUAUCCUCCNCAAGGACAGCCUCCAUAUCAACAACAUCAGCCCUAUGGUGCACCGCCUGGUCCGCCUCCAGGCCAUUCACCAUACCCGCAGCAGCACAGUGGCUACGGUGCUCCCCCAGGUCCUCCUAUGGGUCACCACCCGUCGCAGUCUUUUGGUGCCCCUCCUGGUCCCCCACCAGGACAGUAUGGAGCUCCCCAGGGCCUCCGCCAGGACAGUUCGGCGCCCCGCCAGGUCCCCCCUCCUGGUCAGUACGGCCAACCUCAAUAUGGUGCGCCCGCACAGUACGGAAGUGGUCCUCCUGCACCGCCCUCCAUGGGAUAUGUUCCUGGCCAAGUCGCACCAAUGGACAUGUCUAGACAAGCCGACGACCUGAGAAAAGCCAUGAAGGGUUUCGGAACCGACGAGAAAGCUCUCAUCGGAAUACUCGCACCAAUGGACCCUCUCCAGGCUGCCGGCGUCCGUCAAGCGUUCAACCAGCGUCAUCGUCGCGAUCUUCUCAAGGAUAUUGAAUCCGAGACAUCAGGAUACUUCCGCGAUGGUCUCAUGGCCAUAGUUCGUGGCCCACUCGAGCAAGACGUUCUAAACGCAAACAAAGCGAUCAAAGGAUUCGGCACCAAGGAAUCCAUCCUUAACGAUGUACUCCUAGGCCGCAGCAACGCCGAUAUCAAUGCUAUCAAAGCACAUUACCAUCAUGUUUACAAGAAAUCUCUCGAGUCUGACGUCAAGGGUGACCUAUCCCUUAAGACCGAGCGUCUCUUCGACAUGGUAUUGGCAGCACGUCGCAAUGAAGAGUCAUCUCCUGUGAUCCCUCAGCAAAUAGAAGCCGAUAUCACUGAACUCUAUCGUGCCACUGAAGGCAGCAAGAUUGGGUCAGAUCAAGUUGCUGUCUGCGCCAUCAUCACUCAGCGUAGCGAUGGUCAGCUUCGUGCCAUCUCCCAAGCAUAUCGUCAGAAGUACCACCGCGAGCUCUCAGAGGUCUUGAANAAGAAUUUCAGCGGACACAUGGAAGAAGCUCUCUUGUUCAUUCUACUCAAUGCCGAGGAUCGGGCUAAGCACGAUGCUCAACUACUCGAGGCCGCUAUGGCAGGUAUGGGUACCAAAGAUGACCUACUUGUCAACAGAAUCGUGAGAUUUCACUGGGACAAACACCGCAUGUCACAAGCUCGAGGCGCCUAUAGACACUUCUUCCAGCGCGACUUGGCUGACCGCAUACGUGGCGAAACAAGAGGCGACUACGAGAAACUCAUGGUAGCGAUUGUGCAAAGCGCCUAG